AUGGCGGCCCCCGUUCUCCCGCUCCCGCAAACAAAACUCCCCUCAAUCCCCUCCACCCGCCUAACCCCCGAGCAGCAAUACUGGCGCUCCUUCAAGAACCCCCUCCUCCUGCCCUCCCCGUCCAACAGCCCCAUAAACCACAUCUCCCAACCCUCCCUCCCCUCCCCCGCCUCCUCCUUCACCACCUCCGCAGCCAGCAGCCCAGCAGCGCCCCCAGACCUCUUCACCGUCACCACCGGCGCCCGCGUCCAACUCUACUCAAUCCGCACACGCAAGCUUCUAAAAACCAUCACCCGUUUCGACGAUAUCUCCCGCUGCGCCUCCGUGCGCGCCGACGGCCGCGUCCUCGCCGCCUCCGACGACGGCGGCACCAUCCAAGUCUUCGACAUCCACUCCCGCGCCAUCCUCAAGACUUGGCGCGAGCACAAACAGCCCGUCUGGGCCGUGCAGUUUUCUCCCGCGAACCCAACGGCGCUGGUCAGCGCGAGCGACGACCGUACGGUCCGGCUGUGGGAUCUGCCUAGCGAGAGCAGCGUGCGCACGUUCGUGGGGCAUGCGGACUAUGUGCGGUGUGCGGGGUUUAUGCCUGCGGCUGGCGGAGGGAGGGGGGGUGAUUUGCUCUAUUCGGGUGGGUAUGAUGGGUUGGUGAAGGUGUGGGAUUCGCGAGCGGCGACGGCGGCGGGCCCUGGAGGCGGGGGCAGGAGUGUAAUGACGUUUAAGAUGCGGGCGCCGGUGGAGAGUGUGUUGCCGUUGACGGCGGGGACGACGGUGCUUGCGGCGGCGGAAAAUAAGAUUGCGGUGCUGGAUGUUGUGGCGGGGAAGCCACUGCAUGUUAUCAAAAGCCAUCAGAAGACGGUUACGGCGCUGUCGUUGGCGUCGGGGGGUAGGAGGUUAGUUAGUGGCGCGCUGGAUGGGCAUAUGAAAGUGUUCGAGACUACGGGGUGGAAUGUUGUAGGCGGGAGUAAAUACCCGUCUCCCAUUUUGUCCCUGGGCGUCAUUACCACUGGCUCGGACAGGGAGGACAAGCAUAUCGCGGUCGGCAUGCAAUCUGGCCUGCUCUCCAUCCGCACGCGGCUAUCGGGUGAGCAGAAGGUGCGCGAGCGAGAGCGGCAGAGAGAGAUGCAGGCGCUGCUCGAUGGCAAGCUAGACGAACACGACAAGCGCAUGGCAAAGAAACAGAAACAGAAGCGCGGCAAGGGCUGGGAGAAGCGUCUGCGUGGCAUGGAUUUUGUCGGGGAAGGGGUUGAUAUCGUCAUCGAUGCCCAGGAGCCCUCCGCCUCGGCGCGGAAGCGCAAGCGGGAACAGCCCUGGGAACUCGACCUGCGGAAGGGCCGCUAUGCCGCUGCUCUUGAUGCGGUCCUGUGCCCACCCAACACCAACGACGCCACCCCGACGAACAGCAGGCUCAACACCCUAACCCUCCUCACGGCGCUACGACACCGCUCCGCCCUCCGCACGGCGCUCAGUGGGCGCGAUGAAGUCACGUUGCAACCCGUGUUACAGUGGGUGUAUAAAUCCAUCACAGACCCGAGAGUUGUGGAUAUGUGUGUUGAGGUUGCGAUGAACAUACUGGAUAUUUACUCGGGGAACCUGGGCCAGUCGGUGGUUUUUGACGGGAUGGUAGAGAAGCUCCAUGCGCGAGUACGGGAGGAGGUGGAUCGUGCACAACAGGCGUGGAUGACGAAGGGGAUGCUGGGGAUGCUGAGUGUAUCUUGA